UCUUCGGACUGAACAAAGUAGAAACGCCACAAACGACCUCUACCGGCUAACGCCGAACAACCUCCUUCCUCUCACCACCAUGGCUUCGCGUUGUCUGGCUCUUGCCCCAAAACUUACUCAGCGCUCAGGUGCACGAUUUCUGUCGACGACAAGAGUGCUACGGGAAGAAGCACCCACUUCACCCAACCUAGGAUCUGUGCAGCUGCAGAAGAAACCGGUCGGCGGCUUCCGGGGAGGAUUAAUCGGGUUUCUGUUCGGAUUCUCACUAGCUUCUGCGUUCGCUGCGUACCAUCUUUUGGAUGAGUAUAAACUCGCUUCCGCGGCGCUGCAGGCCAGCGUGGAAGAGCUGCAAGCAAGCACGGAGAAGGUGUCUGCCCACGUCCGUCGUAUCGAAGCAGUGGAGAAGGACUUGAAGGCACUUGCACAGAGCUCCGCAACUAAAGACGACCUAUCAAGGGUUCGUGCAGAGCUCAAGAAAGUGUACGAUGGAUUGCACAUCGAAUUCCUUGAUUUGAGAUCACAUGUAUGGGGCAUGCAACAAGACUUGCAUUCGUUAGCCAAGAAAGAUGCCACAUCUGUUCGUGUAUAGAGUAUUUGAUACCUAUAGAACUUCUUGGAAACACCUCCCUCUAGUCUCCAAUAACGGUUUUAAAUUACGGUAAUAGACGCCAAUUUCAGAUUUGAGGAGCGUGGCUUUUGGCCUCGAUGUGUCG